AUGGAGAGUCCAAGGGUAUUGGAGCCCUUCCAGCCAUCAGAGCCCGACACGUGGGAAGACUACGUCGAACGCUUCGAGUUCUUCGCAGAGGCUCAAGGGAUCACCGAUGCCAGCAAAAGAAGGGCCACAUUCCUGAGCUACUGUGGGCCUGAGACCUUCAAGCUGGCCAAGGCAUUGCUUGCUCCAGCGAAGCUAAGUGAGACAUCUCUCAAAGAUAUUCUUGCCUGCCUAACAAGCCACUUGGCGCCUACUGAGACCAAGAUGGCUCGGCGGAUGGAGUUUCAUAAGAGGCAGCAGCAUGCUGGGAGUCUGUAUCUGCAUUUCUGGCUGAACUGCGGAAGCUCGCUCAGCACUGCGACUUCCAAAAUCUGGAAGAGACUCUCCUGGAUCGGUUUAUCGGUGGUCUGA